UUUCUCUCUAUUGGUUCCAGGCCUGCUUUCCACUCAUAUUGGCCUGCUUAAUACCAUUUAUAUUUUUUCUGGAAUCUAUCAUUUCACACCCAACUUAUUCCUCUUCUGUCUUGGUUUGGUUUUCAGCUCCCAAAAUUUGUGGGGCUCUUAGAGAAGUUGAUUUCAGAUUCUGGGUUGAAGCAAGUUUUGAUCUUUUUAGUUUGUGAUUGUCAACUGGGAAGAAAAGCUGAAGCUUUUCAGCUAGAUUGAGCCUGGUGUUUGAGUUUGGAAAUUUGGGGUGCUUUUCAUUGAUGAGUGUUGUUGAGUUUUGAGGUUGUUUUGGUUUUGUAUAUGUAAAGUUUGAUUCUUUAGUUACAAUUCAUUGAGAUGGAUUCAAGCAAUGGUGAUGAGGCAGUUGGAGGCAGUGGGAUGUCUGAAAAAUCAAACAUCAUUGUAAAGAGUGAUUCCUUUGGAACCCGCAACAGCACCAAGGAGAAGGCCUUGGGUUCAGGUGUUGGGAAAGAAACGUUUUUCAGGGCGGAUCAGAUUGAUUUCAAGAGCUGGGAUAUCCAGCUGGAGAAGCACUUGAGUAAGGGCUGGUCCAGGGAGAAGGAAGCGCAUACUCCAAUGGAGGAGUGGGAGAUUGAUUUGGGUAAGUUGGAUAUAAGAUAUGUGAUUGCUCAUGGAACAUAUGGGACUGUGUACAGGGGUACCUAUGAUGGCCAAGAUGUUGCAGUGAAGAUAUUGGAUUGGGGUGAGGACAAUAUUGCCACAGCUGCUGAAACUGCUGCUCUUCGGGCUUCAUUUCAGCAAGAGGUUGCUGUCUGGCAUAAGCUUGACCAUCCAAACAUUCCGAAGUUUGUUGGAGCUUCAAUGGGAACUUCGAAUCUUAAAAUCCCUACCAAAGACACAUCAAGUGGUGGUCAUAGUCAUAAUUCUCCUCCUUCCAGAGCUUGUUGUGUUGUUGUUGAGUAUGUUCCUGGUGGGACACUAAAGAACUAUUUGAUCAGGAAUAGAAGAAAGAAACUUGCCUUUAAGAUUGUGGUUCAACUUGCUUUGGAUUUGUCCAAGGGUUUAAGUUAUCUCCAUGCAAAGAAAAUUGUACACCGUGACGUCAAAACAGAAAAUGUGUUGCUAGAUAAAAAUAGAACUCUGAAAAUUGCUGAUUUUGGCGUUGCUCGAGUAGAAGCUCAGAAUCCAAGGGACAUGACUGGGGAGACUGGUACCCUUGGAUACAUGGCCCCAGAGGUCCUUGACGGUAAGCCUUACAACAGAAAAUGUGACGUCUAUAGUUUUGGUAUUUGCUUAUGGGAAAUCUAUUGUUGCGACAUGCCUUAUCCCAAUCUCAGUUUUGCUGAUGUCUCCUCUGCUGUCGUGCGGCAGAAUUUAAGACCUGAAAUCCCAAGAUGUUGUCCAACUGCGCUGGCUAGCAUUAUGCGAAAAUGUUGGGAUGCAAACCCGGAUAAACGCCCUGACAUGGAAGAAGUGGUGAAGUUAUUGUAUGCAGUGGACACGAGCAAGGGGGGUGGCAUGAUCCCGGAAGACCAAACUUCAGCCUGUUUCUGUUUCAGCACACCUCGAGGCCCUUGACCUCACUUUGUUCCCACACAAUACAUAUGUGCAGUGCAGAUCAAGAACACAAAUUUAUUAACCACUUCAGUUCUGAACUGCAGAGGCAGUCCAUGAAAAAGGUAUCCCAAUUCAAGAAAAUGCGUAACAUAAGGACCUGCACAUUUUUGAAAACCCUAUAUAUAUUGUUGCGUGUUGCACCCUUUUCAUUCUUAGUCCACUCUAUGAAUCAAAUAGUGGACCGUUAGACAGUUAAACUGUAAUUAGUUUUCACCGUUAUUUUUGUAAGCAACAAAACAAAAUAUUGGUUUGACAGUUGUAUUAUCAAUUCUGUUUCUUCUCUCCAUGGAAUUUGAUCCCAUAAAAAAAAAAAAAUACAAUCAGAAAAU